AUGUACCGCAUCUUGUUGUUGCUUUCUCUGUGUCUCUGCAUCCUGAGCGCCCCGAUUGACAAGAAACAAUCACUUGGAGUGAAUGAUCAAAUGGCACCAAGUCUAUCGGAACUGUUGAUAAAUGGCUGUCGACAUUAUCUAGAAGCUGUUCCUAUUAUAAAAAGUGGUCCACUAUACGAAGCUCUACUUGAUGCUACACGUCGCUUCGAACAAGCAUCGAAAAACCAAGUGCCUGCGAAUACUGCAGUUCCAAAAAUUGUAGGAAGGAAUGAUCAAACGGCACAACGUAUAUCGGAACUACUGAAAUAUGUUCAAAUUGCAACCUCUGAACCAAUUGACCUACGUUACUCAGUGACGGCACUUGCAGAAAUGGUUAUGGUAAUCACUCCGUGUAUUCUUGACGCUGUAUUACCACUACCGUAG